UUAUCUUACUCACACCACAGCCACCAAAUAAUUGUUCACCCUUCACUCUCCACCAACACAAAAACACUUUCAAACUGGUUAGUUUAGAGAACCUACAGAGAUUGAGGGAACAUUGGUGGCAAUAGCAACAAUGGCAGCGUCACUACAAGCAGCAGCUACGCUCAUGCAACCCACCAAGUUGGGCAUGAGGAGCACCACUUCACAGCUUAAGUCUACUCAGUCCAUUUCUAAGGCUUUUGGGUUGGAACCCGUUGGAGCUAAGGUCACCUGCUCCCUUCAGGCUGAUCUUAAGGACUUGGCUCACAAGUGUGUUGACGCCACCAAAAUUGCAGGAUUCGCCCUUGCCACCUCUGCUCUCGUUGUCUCUGGAGCAAGUGCGGAAGGUGUGCCGAAGCGACUAACAUACGACGAAAUCCAAAGCAAAACAUACUUGGAAGUGAAAGGAACAGGAACAGCAAACCAAUGCCCAACCAUAGAGGGAGGAGUAGAGUCCUUCGCCUUCAAGCCAGGCAAAUACACAGCCAAAAAGCUGUGUCUGGAGCCAACUUCAUUCACAGUCAAAGCAGAGGGCGUAACAAAAAACGCCCCACUGGAAUUCCAAAACACAAAACUCAUGACGCGUUUGACAUACACGCUGGACGAGAUAGAAGGACCCUUCGAAGUAUCAGCCGAUGGAGCUAUCAAAUUUGAAGAGAAAGAUGGCAUUGAUUACGCCGCUGUAACGGUUCAACUACCCGGGGGUGAGCGCGUGCCUUUCCUUUUCACCAUAAAGCAGUUGGUGGCAUCAGGGAAGCCAGACAACUUCGGAGGAGAGUUUUUGGUUCCCUCCUACCGUGGAAGCUCUUUCUUGGACCCCAAGGGAAGAGGUGCUUCCACUGGUUAUGACAAUGCUGUUGCUUUGCCUGCUGGUGGCAGAGGAGAUGAGGAAGAACUUGCUAAGGAGAAUAACAAGAGUGCUUCUUCAUCUAAAGGUAAAAUUACUUUGAGUGUCUCUAAGAGUAAGCCUGAGACUGGUGAGGUUAUUGGUGUGUUUGAGAGCAUUCAGCCCUCCGACACUGAUUUGGGAGCUAAAGCUCCUAAGGAUGUCAAGAUCCAAGGUAUUUGGUAUGCUCAGCUUGAUUCAUAGGCACCUUUUUUUUUUCAUGCUUUGUUUUGUAUUUCGCUCGUUCGGAUUUUGUUUUAACUUCAUGCUGUUCCUGCAUUGUCCUAAUUUGAUCCAACUUUUCAAGCACUCAGAGUACUACUAUCAUGCUUGUAUAUUAUUAUUAUAUUUGACUUCCAAUCAUAAUGCUUAAAAUGUCAU